CGGUGAUGGGGGUGCAGGUGGUGCUGAGCCUGCUGGCCGCGAGCGUCAUGCAGAAGCUGGCCCCGCACUGCUCCUUCGCGCGCUGGCUGCUCUGCAACGGCAGCCUGCACCGCUACAAGCACCCGUCGGACGAGGAGCUCUGCGCCCUGGCGGGCAAGCAGCGGCCCAAGGGCAAGCGCGACAGGCGGGCCAACGGCACGGCGGACGAGAAGCCGCUCUCGGUGCCCCGCGACAUCGACCUGCACCUCGACACCUGCCCCAUCACCGCCGUGGAUGCGCUCGUGCUGCGCUAUUUCCUGGAGUACCAGUGGUUCGUUGACUUCGCCCUCUACGCCACCGUGGUCUAUGGCAUCACUGAAGGCUACUACUGCCUGGCCGACCCCCAGAAGGAGACCAACAUCGGGGUGCUCUGGUGCCUACUGACGGUCGUCUUCUCUGUCAAGGUCUUCUUCACCGUGAUGCGCCACUAUUUCCGCUCUGAGGAGGGGGGCGAGCGCUCCGUCUGCCUCACCUUCGCCUUCUUCUUCCUCCUCCUCGCCAUGGUGGCCCUGGUGGUGCGCGAGGACUACCUGGAGUUCGGCCUGGAGCCUGGGCUGGCCAGCGUCUGCAGCAGCCUCGAGAGCGCCCUGAGGCCACGGGGAUGGGACUGGACGCUCCCGCUGGCCAAGCUGGGCUUCAAGCUGGCGCUCGUGGCACUCUGCUCCUUCCUGGGCGCCUGCCUGACCUUCCCAGGGCUGCGCCUGGCCCAGACGCACCUCGACGCCCUGCACGACGCGGCCCACGAGCCCCUGGCACAGGUCCUGCUCCACGCCGGCUUCCUGGCACCCGUCAUCAUCGUCGUCAUGUGGGUCAAGCCGCUGAGCCGUGACUUCGUGCUCCACGCGCCCAUGGGCAAGCAGACGGUGCAGCUCAUGUCGGACGCCGCGUACGACACGGCGCGCCUCUGGACCGUGGUGGCCCUGUGCCUGCUGCGCGUGGCCCUCGCCCGCCGCCACCUGCAAGCCUACCUGGGGCUGGCGGCGCGCUGGGCCGCCCGCCUGCGGCACCAGGCCGGCCGCAUCCCGGCGCUGGAGAUCCAGCGCAAGGACGUGCAGGCCGCCGUGGAGCAGAUCACCGCGGCGCUGGGCGGCAUCUUCACGCCGCUCUUCCUCCGCGGCCUCUUCGCCUUCCUCACGUGGUGGGUGGCCGCCUGCCAGGUGGUCACCAGCCUCUUCGGCCUCUACUUCCACCAGUACCUGGCGGCCUCCUGAUUGCGGGGGGCAGGUGGCAGCGUGUCCCUAGUGUCCCGCGGGGCUCCUGCCUUCGCCGGUGGCCACCGUGGUCACCCCGCCUGCUUGCACGUGCCCSGGACGGCUUUGCAGCCAUCUGGGUGCAUUUUGCACCUCUGGCGAGGGAGGGGACAUCAGGGA